AUGCAAAAAAUUCUGAAUUUUAGGGAAUAUUUUUUAAAUCCUAAAGGAAUUAAGAUUGUGCCUACUUCAAAUUUCAAAAGAGCUACACCUAUUGAAAGACUAUUUGAUUAAUCUGUGGUUUUGCAUAGAGCAGAAAAGUAAUUAGAGAAAAAUGUUGUAGCAUUCAAAUUAUAACCAUAUAAGUAUUCAUUGAAUAAACCUGAAAUAAAGCAAUACUUUACAAAAUGUAUGUUUAAUAUAUAUUAAAAAAAAAAGUGUAUGGAUUGAAUGUUGAUAAAGUGAAUACUAUUAAUUAUAUGGGAGCAAUAAAAAGAUCACAUAAAGGAGGUCGUUAUAGAGAGAAAGACUUUAAGAAAGUUUAUUUAUAAUUAAAUGAAGAAAUUGAACCAUUCUUUUAGAAAAUAGAGAAGUGAU